AGCAAACCUGGAAGAUGGUCAGAAAUCAGAGACCAGCAAAUUCUGAUUUCCCCAAGAAACUAUGACUCGAUUGUGUGCGAGUACUCGAAAUGCUCCUGAAAUUCUGUCUUCCUUGUUUCAAAGAGAAAUAGGUGACCAAACUACCAACCCAGCAAUUCGCUAGCAGUUAGGUGAACCACCUUGUAAAAAAUGUUUAUUCAGUUCAACCUCCAGCCAACCACCCGAAACUCUUAUUUCCUCUUCAUAUAUAUGAAGGCAACUGGAUUUCUCUUCACCAUCCGAGAACUAAAAGAACAAGACCAGUAUCUGGAUCACUUCAAAAUGUCUAGUACCAAGUCAGUUGAAGGUGAACGUGCUGGUGCAGAAAUUGUUUACGGGGCUGAAGAAUGCCAUCGCCACUCCAUAGAACUUCUUGAAGAGCUAGGAUUUCCAAAGGGUGUUCUUCCUCUUCAAGAUCUUGAAGAAUGUGGAAGAGUUAGAGAAACUGGGUUUGUGUGGAUGAAACAAAAGGCUCCUUGUGAACAUUUCUUUGUUGGAACCAAUACCAAAGUAAGCUAUGCCAUUGAAGUGACUGCAUAUGUAGAGAAGUUGAAGAUGAAAAAAAUGACUGGUGUUAAGAGCAAACAGAUGUUUCUAUGGGUGCCAAUUACUGAAAUGAGCAUUGAAGACCCAGAAAGCAAGAAAAUUUACUUCAAGACUCCAAUGGGUAUUGGGAAAUCUUUCCCAAUCACAGCUUUUAUGACAGAUGAGGAGAAGCAGCAGAAGCAACUGGAGCAAUGAAGGCUUGCUGAUUGCAUUUGGACUUCAUUUGGCCAUUCUUUUUUAUGAUCUCUACUGUCUUUCCUUGUGUUUUUACCCAAUAAUUUCACCAUUGCAUUUGGUGUCUAAAUUUCCUUUCCUGUCACUUCACCAGGAAAUUCAAUAUUAAUGUUCAUCUAUGUAUGCAUUUAUGAAUCUAAUUGAACCAUCAAUAUCCCGUUUUUUCUUUUUA